AUGGGAGCAGUGUUUUCUCGGCUUAGAUCUAAAAAGGACGACGAUUAUGAAGUAAUACUAUCUGAACUUGAUGAAAAAAUUCGUCGAGCAGACAUUAACCUUCGGGAGAUCAGAAUUCGAGAGCGUAAUGCAGUAAUAAUUUGGAUAGUAUAUUCACUGAUAGCCUACGUCACCUAUGUAGUAGGAUAUUGGUACUUUGUUUACAUGUCCGUAGAAGAAGAUGGUUGGGACUUAAUGAAAGUGACACCUGUCUUAACAGGUCCUUUCUUUAUAGUAAUCGGAUAUAAAUUUCUAGCUUUAUGGUAUAAACGAAAAGAAGCAAAUGAAGAAACACAACUUGAACAUCUUCGAGCCAAAAAGAAGCUUAAAGUUGAAGAAAUGAAAAAUAAAACAGGAUACUACACUACUCAAAAUUUACUGGAACGCUUUGAUUCAAAAGUAGCAGCAAACCAACAAAAUAGUCCUUUAUCACCUGGACAAAAAGGACCCCUUGGACGACCAAUUCAACCAAUCAAUCCAAAUUUACGACAACGUUUACCAAAUUCUCAAGCAUCACCAGGAUCUAAUGAGGUAAAUGGUGAAUUAGAGAAUAGACCGCCUUUACCGGGUGGGCACGAUAUAAUACGUUCUGAUGAUCGGUCCGCAAUAACUUCACCAGCACUUCUUCAACGACGCUGGUAUGAUAAAUUAUUGGACGUACUUGUUGGAGAAGAAGAACAGAAAUAUGCAUUAGUUUGUAACAAUUGUCAUACUUGGCACGGGUUGGCACUUCCCACAGAAUUUGAUGAUGUCCAAUUUUAUUGCAAAAAUUGUAAUACUUUCAAUCCUUCUCGACGAAGUCAACGUGAUGGUGACUUUAGUGCACCUCCUAAUAACGUUAAUGGGAAUAAUGUCAACAGUCGCAUUGAUCAGAUAAACAAAACAACACAACUAAUUGACUCAGAUCCAAAACGAGGUCGAUCGACAACACCAAAACCCAUGAAUCAACAAGCAGAAAACGAAGAAGUAGUCGAAGUCAGAAUAGAAUCGAAAGUCAUCAUGAUAGCGACGAUCAAAGUUGUUAACUUGAAUUUGGAAUCUCAG